UACUUGUUCAUUAAGAUUGUUAUUUCUCAUUGGUACUUCAAGUCAAGAUAUAAGAUAACAAAAAUUCUCUGUGGAUGGAAAGCCCAGUGCACUGUGCGUAAUAACCGCAAACCGAAAAAUACUAUGGUGGUCGACAACGAUGUACGAUUACGAACAAAAGGAAACAUGCAAUGCGUUGCCCAAGGAAUGGAUAUAUAAGCUGCAUGAUACGCCAUCGAUUGUUCAUAAAGUUCAAACUAGACUGCGUUUGGUUGACUGCAAUUUGAGUCUACUUAUGCUUAUUUUGAAUUCGGUCUGUAGGUUGCGAGUAAUAUAUUAGACAAUGUCAGACAGGACGGCAACAAAAAAGGUUCCUCAAAUCGAGAAUCCGAACAAAAAGAAUGUCUACAACGUGCUGCUGGUCGGAGAAACGGGAUCGGGCAAGUCGACACUCAUCAACUAUUUGACCAACUACUUUCGCGGAGGAACACUGCACAAUCUGAAGAUUGCGAUCCCUUCAAAGCACUAUCCGGCUACGGAAGGCUUCGAGCACCAGGAAAAUGAUCUUCAAGAUCCCACCAAAAGCAAAACCGGAAAAUGUACGUUUUAUAAUUUCUCAUUGAAUGGCAUAGACUACGCCUUCAUUGAUACCCCAGGCCUAAGUGACACAAGUGGACGGGAUAAGGACGCUGAAAACAUAUUGAAAAUCAUGGAAGUUGCUGAGAUGAGUGGGACGAUUGCAGCCAUUAUGCUGGUUGUAAAUGGAACUGUGGCUCGAACUACGUCGAACCUGAAAGACACUAUCAGUAUGAUGAAAAGUUCUGUGCCAGAUGUUCUGCUCAGCAACCUUGUGGUAGUUCUCACCAAUUGCUCUGCAACCAGCGCCAAUUUUCAAUUUAGUGCAUUAAACCCUUGGACAAUUGUGGACAAAAAUAGGUUUUACAUGAACAACAGUGCUUUGAGUACUCCGAAGGAAAGUUGGAUUGAUGAUGCAGAAAAAUUUGAUGAGAUCGAGUAUGGCUGGAAAAAGUCCAUGAGGACAAUAGAUCAGAUGAUGAAGCAAAUAACUCAGCUGGGUCAUGUGGCAUCUGACGCAUUUGGAGAAAUGCGCAAAAAGAAAUCUGAUAUAAAAUCGAAGCUCAAUGCCCAAAUAAACGAUAUGAGAAAGCUCUAUGUAUUACAAAAUAAACUAACUGAUCUACAGCAUGCAGAAAACAUUGCUUCUAUUUCAGUUUCAUCGUAUUCAAAUUACAAGGAAAAUACCGCAGUAGAAUAUAUGGAUAUGGAGUCCACUUCAUAUGUCAAUGUGCUUUGUAAAAAUCAUCCUAACAAUGUUUGCUGUCAUGACUGUGACAUUGGGUCAUUUUGGCCAUUGUCAUUUUGUCAAGCCUUUGACUCAGCUAUACAUAUUGCUAUUGUUACAUGUCGAAAAUGUCGGUGCCUCAUGUCGGAUCAUUUCAGAGCCCGAUAUAAACCAGUACAGAAAACUAAAACGGUCGAAGUGAUACUGCAGGAAACUAAACAACGCUACGAUGAAAGUAAACAACAGCAGGCUACAAUUCAAAACCAAAUAAGCAACCUCAGUGGUGAUCUUGGCCUCCUGAAGAAAGAUCUAGACACAAAAGCACUGAAAAUUGUCGAUAGCUGCAAGGAGCUUCAGCAAAUAUGUUCUCAGUUCAGUUUUACGGACGAGUUAGCAGGUACCAUAGCCAUAAUGAAAACCGACGUUGGCUUUGUUACAAAUACGGAAGUUAAAGCAGAUGCUGUAGCGAGAAUCGACAGAAUUCAAAGUCUCACGGCAUCACUCAACACGAAACCCGAUGGAAGCCGUUAAACUCGAAGCGAAGUCGACAACAAGGAUUCUCCCUUCUAUAGUCUAUACCUCCAUGCCGACGGAAUACUGCGAUCCACCGUGAAAUACAGCGAAUUCGGUGAAGACAAUUGCGAUGAAAUGGCUUUUCUGGUUUUUAAUAUAACUUUUACUGGAAUACAAAACAAUAAUGAUGUCAUUUGUUAUUUAUUCACUCCCUUCCCAACCGACCGGAUUCCUGAAUAAAUCUGUGGAUGAAA